AUGACAGAAUGUUUCGAGGACAGUGGGUUUUCUCUUUGGUUGAAAACUUUUUGCGAUACUUUUAGCACUUUGUCAAAUGACCAAAAGAAUUCCGCGAUUGAAGGUAUCAUAGAUACUUGUGGACCCGAACAGCUACGGUUUUUGUCCACGAAACUCGAAACACUCGUGAAACGAGAUUACUUGAAAUGUUUACCUCUGGAGUUGAGUUUUCAUGUCUUGAAAUGGCUGGAUCCUGUGUCCUUGUGCAAAUGCUGUCUUGUGAGUAAGAAAUGGAACAAAGUAAUUUUAAGCUGUGAUGAUGUUUGGCAAAACGCUUGUAGGCAGCUUGGUAUGGAAGUCAAAGAAGAUAACGUGGAUUCUGAAAGAAACUCGACCUCUACCACUACGUGGAAACAGAUAUAUAUUUCACAUGUACAGGAUAUGAAAAAGUUAAAAGACGAGGGUGCGGUGGAAAAGAAACAGCUUUAUGGUCACACAGCUAGAGUGUUUGCACUUUAUUAUCGUGGAAAUUAUCUUGCUACUGGAUCAGAUGAUAGAUCAAUCAGGUUGUGGGACUUGAAGACAGGACAAUGUAAAUAUGUUUUGAAGGCUCAUACUUGUGCAGAUGUUCGCUUUGAUGAUGAUAAGGUCAUCACAGCCUCAUUUGACAAUACUGUUGGCAUGUGGGACUGGGAAACAGGAGAGAGAUUACAAUGUUUUAGGGGACACACAGCAGCAGUGUUCUCAGUUGAUUACAGUGAUGAACUGGACACUGUUGUUAGUGGUUCAGCUGACUCUACCAUUCGGAUUUGGAAAAUGUCAUCUGGACAAUGCGUGCAGACCAGAUAUGGUCACUCAGACUGGGUGGUAAAGGUGAUCCUCAAAAGAAGUGAAGUAGACACGCACACUCACAGAAAGGGUCAGUACGUAGUGCUCAGUAUGGACAAACGAAACAUCAAGAUCUGGUCUCCCGAUCGUGAAUGCUACAAGUGCCUGGCAACAUUAAGUCCUGACACCGAGUCCACUGUCAACCUACAGCCUCGACUUCAGUUUGAUGGACAUAAAAUUGUGUGUGCUUCAGAGACAGCGAUUCUGCUGUGGGAUUUUAAAACUUUGCAAAUGACAAGAAUCUUCACGGCAUCGCCUGCUAAUUGGCUUGUAGCCUAUGGGCAUGUUUAUAGCCUUCUUGUGGACAUGAACUUUCUUUAUAUAGUUUGCACCAAAAGCGAAGAAAUUGUUGCGGAAUUUCCCUUACCUGCGUUCCGGAGAUCUUUACGCGGGUCGAAUUUCACGCCUGGUGAAACUUUAUGGCUGGACGGACUGGUCACCAGACCUUAUGGAGGCCUCUUAUUCGCAUCAAGUAUGCCUGAUUAUAGUGUCUUACUGCUCACGCUCAAAGAUAGCACGUGACAAAGAUUUCAACCAAUCUCAGAGUUGCGUCAAUCUUCUUCCAAAACCACGCGGCAUUGCUUUUUCCCUAGUCCCCGCUCGCUCUUUUGAUAAAAUCCGCGGUAGCAAUGACAAAUUACAGGUACGAAAAUAAAU